AGAAAACAGGAAGGAGCUUCAUUAGACCAUACUGAGCAUGCUCCAGUGCUUUUGAGCAUGCUCAGUUGCCCAGGAAAGGAGGGUUACUACAGGGGCUUCGGCCCUUGGUUGCUGCCUGGGAUCCUGCAUAAGAGUUAAAAACUUGAAGGGAAGCGGGACAGAGACGUGGCUGGGUUAUACAUUAUUCAGGUUGCCGGCGGCGUUCCAGAGGACAACUGGCUAUUCAGCUGACAGGGUCCCUCCUGACCGAGAUGGCGGAGGAGGCAGAGGCCCUACGAGCGGACGAAGCCGCGGAGGCUGCGGCGCUGCGGGCCAGGGGGAGCGUGGAGCCGUCCUCGCGGCGCCUGGUGCUGCCCCAGUCAUGGGUGUCACCGGCAGGUGGGCUGCCGCCGGGGCUGGGGCGCUGGUUCCCGGUGCUGGAGGUGCUGGAUGUGAGCGGGACGGGGUUGUCAGCGCUGGGCCCGGAGCUGCUUGGCCUGGAGCGGCUGCACACGUUGCUGGCCAAAAACAACCGACUGGGCGCCCCGGGCUCCCUCCCGAAAGGCCUGGCGGGCUCCCCGCUAGGCCGCUCGCUGCGCGUCCUCAACCUGAGCGGCAACCGCUUCGCUCAGCUGCCGGUCUCCCUUCUGGGCCUGCAUCGCCUCCAGAGCCUCAGCCUGGGCAGCAACCGCCUCCACAGCAUCCCACCCGCCAUCCAGGAACUCAGCAGUUUGGAAUUCUUGUAUCUCGGAGGCAAUUUCAUUACUUCAAUCCCACCAGAGUUAGCAAAUCUGCCUUCAUUAAGUUACCUAGUCCUCUGUGAUAACAAGAUACAGAGCGUUCCACCCCAGUUGGCACAGUUGCAUUCUCUUCGCUCCCUGAGCCUCCACAAUAACUUGCUGACAUAUCUUCCUCGGGAAAUCCUCAAUCUAGUUCAUCUUGAAGAACUGAGUUUACGAGGGAACCCACUGGUUGUGCGAUUCGUGCGUGACUUGACCUACAAUCCUCCAAGUCUACAGGAACUGGCUGGCCGCACCAUUAAGACCCGCAACAUUCCUUAUGUUCCUAGUGAUCUCCCUGGAAACCUCCUCCGAUAUUUGACCCUGGCCAGCAAUUGCCCCAAUCCUAAAUGUGGAGGAGUCUACUUUGACAGCUGCGUCCGACAAAUCAAAUUUGUUGACUUCUGUGGGAAGUACCGCCUUCCGCUGAUGCACUACCUUUGUUCCCCAGAAUGCUCUUCCCCCUGCAGUUCUGCCUCUCAGAGUUCUACUUCCCAGAGCGAAUCUGAUUCGGAAGAUGAAGCCAUCGUUGCUGCACGUAGGAUGCAGAAGGUUCUUCUAGGAUAAAAAGAAGGGAAAAUUCUAGAAGAGCAGUCAUGGAACUGCAGUGUCUGAUGCCCCCAUGCAAGGGAUGUUCUGAGAACAUUAUCUUUUCACUCAUGGAAAGUGUAUCUAGGCAAAUGAAUUGCUUAGACAGUGCUCCCUAGAAGGCUGCCUGCCUUUUGAGGGGAAGCUGGUAUAAGAACCUCUUGUAAGAGUAUGCUGUAUGGAAGGUCAUUCUAGAGUUAGUUAGACAUUGGAAGUCUCCUUGGCAUUGGUGACCUGUUAAAAAGGUACUUGGAGCCCUUCACUACUGAGACUGGAUAUGAAGUGGACCAUCUGAAAUCUGUCACUGUGAUUAAAAAAAUAAUUAUCUGAGGGUGCAGGGUGGGGGUUCCCUAGUGUUGUCAUAAGUAUCUAUCAUACUUGAACAUAUGUUUCUCCCCCAGGAUCUGCUUGGUCUUGAAACAUUUAUUUUUAGCCAUAUUCCUUCAAAGUACAGAAAUCUAUGAAAUAUUGAUGCUUUCUUCUUUGACUUAACUACAUAUAAUGUAGUUGUUAUAUGUAGGAACAGAACUAAACCUUUCUUUAUACUACACUGCUUUGUCAUGCAUCAUUCUCACAGAUUUUUUUCAGCUCUUUGUUAUAGCUCUUGUAGGAAGUAUCCUCACUUUGCCAACACAGCCCAUUUGUGUCACAUCAUAACUGAACCUAGCCAGUUUUUCACUAUGUGCUCCCAGAAGAUUGAUCCCUUGUACUGGAUUUGAAGUUCUUCUGAAGCCUUGGAACAAAACUGCUCCUUAACUAGUAAAUUGCAAGCAAGUCCUUUUGCUUAUAUCCCCUUUUUGUAUGCCCAGGUGCCAUUAUGUAAGAGCUUCCGUUUUAUACAAUGGGCAAUAUUUGUUCAAAGAGCAUGGUACUUGUCUUAAACUGGAAUGGUUAGCAUAAUACGCUGCCUAAUACCUAUAAUAAUUCAGAAAAAUCAGAGUUGCCAUUUUUACCAGGACCUCAAUCUCUCCGGGUCUUAGUAACCUGCCAAAUCAUCUGUGCCAUACCCUCUUGCCUUCUCUUGUUUUGCUAGUCCUUGCAUGGAUUUCUCAGAUCUCUCUAUCCCUCGUCUUACAGAGGUCCUUCAUGGCAGUGUCUUUCAUCUAAACUUUCAUUUCUAUACUUCUCUGUCCAUGUUUGAGAAACUAUUAUGUACAACAAAGGAGCAUUUAGUCUCCAUAGAAGUUAAACAUAACAUUUUAGAAAGUUACAAAAUGGCAUAGAGGUAGGAGUCACUACUUGGGAUGUCACUGGUAUUAGGUGGUUGUAUACGUUUCACUGGCAGAGCAUUUGCAAUUGCAAUGGAAAUGCUGAUUCAGAGGGAAUCUCCAUUUUCAAGUGUGUGUUUUUCUGUACACUUGACUGUUGCUUCUGUUGCUUCUCAGGCUUUUGGCGAAGUUCAAGUGUAGUACUCCAUUUUGUGAGAGAGCCAGAUGUCUUUCCUCAAGGCAUUGCUCCGUUGCAGAGAUACCACCAUUUCUCAACACUCAGCCCACAAAACUGGGUCAAGUCCUGGGAAUGUCUUAUGUAUCUGCAGCAGAACCAUUGUCUGACAUGCUGCGCAGUUUUACAAGGAUGAAGGAGAAGCACCAUCUUCACAAGGAACAGCCUAAGUAACAGCAUGCAAGACUUGCUUUAUAGCACUGGGUGGGCCAAGGGGGGAGUGAGUGAUUUUUGUUUCUCCUCUGCUCCCGAGUCCGUUUGUGUCCAGGAGUAUGUCUAUGAGAGUUAUGCAGGGGGAGGGGAGAGAAGCUGCUUCGCCCAGCAUUGCAGAGCAAGCCUUGUACACUGUUAAUUUGCUCCUUGAGAGGAUAGAGCUCUUGUUCCACUUUCAUAAGGCUGUGCAGCAUGUCAGCCACAGCUGUGAGGAAAGUGUGGAUCUUGCACAAAAACAAGUAUGUGGGAAGGAAACUCCUCUGGAAAAGCCUUGCUACAUAGAACAACUUGACAGGAAGAGAACUGUUCUCAUAAUAGGGCUUUUUGAAGAACCUGUAGAGCAGCUAAGCCAGUGCGCAGUGUUCCCUUUAAGGAGGAUUCCCAGAUGUUGUUCACUACAACUCCCAGCAUCCCUAGUUAUUUAUUACUAGAGAUUAUGGGAGUUGUAGUCAACAACAUCUGGGAAUCCCUGCUAGAGGGAACACUGCCAGUGCUCAUUAUACAGUUCUUAUCAUUAGGCAAUCUCAUUUCUGUUAGCUUUCCCUGAAGUCAGGAAUGUCUCAUCUGUUUAGAUAAUAGUCUAUGAAGGAAUAUAAGCACAUACAAUUUGGCAAGGUGGAGGCUAGUGGGCUCUAGCAAUAUGGAGUAUUUGUGCUUUACUGGAAUGUCCUCACAGGCUGAUCUGUCUGGAUUUUGGAAGCGCUGUCCUGGAACACAUGUGCUAUAAUACAGAAGUGGUAAUUUUUUUAGCAAGGAAGAAAAGCAAUGUGACCACUUUUCCACCUGAUAUUUGCAAGCAGUAACUUUAUUUCUAACGUUUCCUGCUCAUAUACUCCCCUAUUCUAGUUCAGUAAUGCUCAGUGUAGAGAAAAAAUACUACAUUGUGGCUUGUUGAUUUUUCACCAUACCAAAUUAAAACACUGCAACUUCAGCUCUGAAUGGCCUUUUGUUAAUGUGGUUUUUGUAUAUGGUGGAGCCUUAGCAUCGUUUGAUGCAUGCUGUCAGUCACACCGAAGUGCAAUUCUGAGCAUCAAUCCUUGCUGCAUUUACAAGCACCUACUUGUAACUUGCUGCUAAGCUCUGGCUUACCACUGUGAUAGAGGGAGAAUGUAAGUUUCUUGGAACAGAAGAACUAUUGCAGCCAUCACCUUGUGCCUUGAAAGUAUCAAUUGCAGCCAGUCAAGUUGAGAUUAUGGAGCCAGGGAAUUGUGGAACUGAGUUGCUGUUGCAUUCUACCCAUUGUCUUGACCAAACAAGGAGGGGGGAAAUAAGAGUAUAUGGAAGUUUUCAGUGAUGCUGUAAUGUAAAACCUAGUUCAGUGUCCACCAAUGACACAGUGAAAAGUAAAAAUACUCGCUGUAAUAAAUAAAUGCCCUAAAAUGUGAAAAUAAGCCUAGAUAGGCCCUAUAUAUUUUCCUUUCUUAUAUUAGAUGUGAGAUUAUUCUGCUCAAAUUAACCAAAGCUAUUUUCUAUACAUAAGCCUUUAAGACUUCACCAAAGCAUUCGUUUUUCAUUUCUUUACAGUACAGUCCUAUAUAUGUCUACUCUGAAGUUAGUCCCAUUGAAUUUAAAUGAUUCCACUCUUAGAUACUAUUUUCUUGUUUUUGUGUCUUCAUAGCAUCCAAGAGUGGAAAAGGCUAAAGUUGAAUGUGAUUAAACAAUUCCAUCUUUCCUGCUGUCGUCUCCUUCUUUCCAUCUCCUUGGCCAAGAACAGCAGAUGGGGUGAUUCUAAAUGCAAAUCUUGUGUGUUUAAGAUCAGUAGGGAGCAUUUUUGAGGAACAAAAUAUCUACUUAACUAGAAGCAAUUUUUACAAUUUCAAAUCUUGUUAUGCUAUUUCUUUAGGAUUUGUGGGAUAUGCUGAAUAUUUUAUUAUACCCUGCAGGGUAUUCAUACACUCUCUCAUGUGUCUCUUAAUUGUCUUAUAUUUUCUUCUUCUUCAAGUUUUGUUAGAUUGCUUGGCAAGCGGGGAGAUCUUGGUCCUCUUUAAUUUAUGUUCUAGUUGGUGGCAAUGAAUGGGAGGGAUUUAAUUCAAUGGAAGUAAUGAAACUUAAUCCUUACAAUGCUUCUUCUGUUACUGACUUCAAAGAGUUAUUUUAAUGCAUCUUAAUUGCACCUAUGUGUCCCUUUUUGCUUGAAUAUUAGAAACCUGAUCAACUACAUUGCUUGCUUGUCUAGCACACUUGACUGCACAGUGAACCCUCAAAGAGGAUUCACCCAAUUUUAUUGUUAAAUGUAAUCAUGUGUAUUUGCUGUAUUAAGUGUUAAAAGGUGCCUUAUAUUUGUAAAAUUACACUUUGCUAGAUAUACACAGCAUUUCAAACAGUAUUUCAGUUAUGAAUUGUAAACUGUUUGAAUACUAAACCAAAACAUGGUUUAAAACCAA